UUAAUUAUUAGUCUAGUAUAUCAUGUUAAAAUUUUAGUACAACAUAAUAGAUUAUGCAAUAAUAAUGACUGCUGUGAAACGUUUGGUUACUGAAUAUCGGCAACUAUUGGCAGAACCGGUGCCUUUCGGUCGGAUAGAACCCACAGAUAAUCCAUUACAAUGGAAGGCAUAUCUGAAUGGACCUGAAGGCAGUCCCUAUGAGGGCGGGGUCUUCGAGAUUGAUCUCAAAUUUCCGGCCGAAUAUCCGAUGCGAGUGCCGGACAUGGAGUUUAAAACUAAGAUAUUUCACGCAAAUAUCAGCACAAAUGGCAGAGUAUGUUCAACAUUACUGACUGGUUGGGCUCCGACUGAUACAGUGGUCACCAUUUUGCAGACACUAUAUAUAUUGUUGGCUAAGCCUAACCGCAAAAGUCCAUAUCAGGGAAGCAGUCUUACUGACCAAGAAUACAAUGCGAAGGCCGGAAGAUCAACACAAAAAUACGCCAAAAAAAUAAUUUAGGAUUUAUUAAAAUAAUUUUUAAU